AUUGCAGCUCUCGCGGCGAGAGGCCGGGCGCAGCGGGCAAUAAACGUGGUGCUGACCGCGGAUGACGUGGCGGUGGAAGGAUUCUGCAUGAGCCGCUGCGGGGCCCACGGGUCAUCCCCCCGGUCUAAGGCUGGACGGUUCGCCUACAUCUGGGUUGGUAACUCGGCGGUCCAGUGUCCGGGCCAGUGCGCUUGGCCCUUCCACAAGCCAGUCUACGGUCCGCAGGCCCCACCGCUUGUGGCUCCCAACGGCGAUGUUGGAGUUGACGGUAUGGUGAUGAAUCUGGCUAGCAUGAUAGCCGGCGCUGUUACGAACCCAUUCGGUGGUGGAUUUUUCAUGGGACCGAAAACGGCGCCGCUAGAGGCAACGACGGCGUGUCCCGGGGUCUAUGGCAAGGGA